AUGGGUUCCUGCGAAGCGGAUUAUUGUUUUAUUGAACGUAAACCAACCGAUGAAAGGGAUCAUUAUCGGAUCACAAAGGGAUGUAUUAAAAGGCCACCACGUACUCAUAUGGGUUGCGAUUAUGAUCGUUUUCAAGAUCAUAUCCUAUGCAUUUGUAGAGGUGAAUUUUGUAAUGAUAUGAUUUAUAUAAGGCCGAUGCAUCGGCAAAUUAUCACAUGUCGAAAUUGUUCGGAUCGAGAACCAGAUUGUGGUGAAACAUGUCGGGGACAAUGGUGUUAUGAGGAUUCUAUAACAGGAGCUGCUGGAUGCGGCUAUGGACCUCCCUCAUUACCUUACUUUUAUAAGGGACCAGAAUUGUUAUACUAUCGUACACGGAUGUGUGUUACCGUUAGCAGAGGUUCCAGUUCUCCACGUAAACAUUGCAUAUGUAAUACAAAUAAUUGCAAUGUUGCAUAUAAACGUUCAACACCAUGGAAUCAUCUGGAAGGAGCUACUCGAAUACGAUCUCUUCUUGUAAAUCAAAAAGAAAAUAAUUUUCCAUCAGAAUUGCAUAGAUGUGUUAAUUGUGAAUUAAGUACGGAAGAUACUAAAAUGACUGCAUCGUGCAAGCAAAAUCAAUGCAUAGGACAUUACUGUACCCUUGUAACGCAACGAUUAUUUCUCCCAACAAAACAAUAUCAACAACAAAAAUCAUUCUUAAAUGAACUUCAAGGAUGUAUUAAUGUUACCGAUAAUCAUCAUAUUCAACUUGGUUGUUCACAUAAAUGGAUGAGCAAUGAGGAGGAAGAACUACAUUGUGCAUGUAUCGGUGAUCGUUGCAAUCGUGAUCUGGCAACAGCAAGCCUUAAUAAAGCUAAUCGAAUGACCAUAAUCAUUGAGCCACUUAUUGCUGUGAUAUUUAUUCAUUUAAUUGUCUGCUCCAUUCUAUUAUUUUAA